UUGAGUUGAGAAGUCACAAGAAAGAUUUUCCAUUGCAGAUUGCAGAAUGAUAACAUUUUGAGACAACCUGACUUUACCACAAAGAGUGCAAGGAAGAACAUUAUAAUUUGCUAGCCAUGUUUCAUUACAUUCUUAUUUAACAUUUUAGUAGUUUACAAUAGACAAACAAAGAUUUUCCAGAGAAUUUUUUUUCCCAACUUAAUGAUUUAUAACUAACCAAGAAUUAUAACCUCUAAAUGCUAUGAAAUUACAAAUAGAAAUUUUAUAAAAGGAGUACUGAAUCAAACAUUAUAAAUUUUACUCCUUAGUCCUCGCCAGUGGUUUUUUUAUUUUAACUAAAUUCUGUGUAGUAGGCCUAAUAAAUAUUGUAUUACUAUUGGUAUAUUUUACCCUACAGUUUAGUGCCGGUGGAUAAAUAUGUGUGUGGUUAUUAAAUAAUGAAGUUUUCAAAAUUUGGAGUUUUUGCGUUGUUUAUAAUACUAUUCAUAUCGAUAUUUAUUGCAAAAGUUUCCAAUAUCAUUACAAUCAAAACUGACGCAUGGAAAAAGUUUUUUUCAAAGAACAAAGGAAAUGAAAUAUACAAGGACGAAAUUAAUAUGGGUAGUACCAUGGAACAUCUUUUAUGGUUUAUUCAGGUAUCCGAUCUUCAUAUAAGCAUUUACGACUCUUCAAGAAUUUCCGAGCUUCAAGAAUUUUGUGAUCUAACUGUUGGAGUGAUAAGGCCAACUGUUGUUCUUGCAUCAGGUGAUCUCACUGAUGCCAAGCAAGAUAAUAACAUUGGCUCUAGUCAAUUCGAAGGAGAAUGGAUUCAUUAUAAGAAUAUUCUUGAUAAAUGCAAGGUUGCUGAAAAAACAGUUUGGCUGGAUGUGAGAGGCAAUCAUGACAAUUUCAACGUGCGAGGUCCCAAAGCAAAAGAGAACUUCUUUCGAAACUACUCAGUGCAAGGUCCAACGAAUCCUCACUCAUACAUUCAUCAAAUAACAACCAAGGACAAUGAUAAGUAUUCAUUCAUAGCGUUGGACGCUUGCUUGGAGCCGGGUCCGCGGCGGCCUUUCAAUUUCAUGGGUGUCGUUACGGCACCUGAAUUCGAAAAAGUGAAAGCAAUCAGCCGGCAGGCUGUUGGUAGCAACAUGACUGUUUGGUUUGGCCAUUACCCGACAUCUUGCAUUCUUUCGCCCAGUAAGGAUGGAGGGGUGAGGUCCGUGAUAGGCGAGACAGGAGUGGCCUACCUGUGCGGCCACCUGCACACUCUGGCGGGAGCAGUGCCAAACAUGUAUACGCUACAGCAUGCCGGAUUCCUCGAACUCGAGCUCGCUGACUGGAAAGAUAAUCGAAUGUUCAGGUUGGCAGCAAUUGAUCAUGACAUUUUCUCGUUCAUCGAUAUCAAGCACAGAGAUUGGCCCGCCAUCUUGGUCACGAAUCCAAAGCAUGCGCUCUUCGCAGCUCCUGGCAAAGAACCACUUCAUCGAAUUGAACAGUCUACACAUAUCAGAAUACUAGUUUUCUCUCUGUCGACCGUGAUUAAAGUGAAAGUACGUAUCGACAAGGGGAAAUGGGGAGAGUGCAACCACCUUGAUGCUCCUCUUUUCACCUUUCCCUGGCAACCUCACAUAUAUAGUCAUGGCCUGCAUCAGCUAGAGGUGUAUGCUGCAGAUUUAGACGGUAGAAGUAAAGUUAUUUCCCAGCCAUUUUCACUGGACGGUACUACACUAAGUUUUGGAUUCAUGCCUAGAUUUGUACUCAUGGGUCAUGUAAAUACACUAUUCCAUCUAUUAUUUGGUUUGUCGGUCGCUGGCUGUGUUCUACCUCUGUGUAUAUUGCGUUGUACAAAGAAAGCCAUUGUUGGAAAUUACUUGGCAUGCCCAAGAUUUCGUGUUAGAUUCCUGCAGCGUCUACUGAGAAGAUGGUGGAUGCUAUCCAAUGUAGAUACCUUUUACUAUGCAUUCAUCUUAUAUCCGCUGUACAUCGCCGUUGGACCUUGGGCUAUUGGGGAAAUAAUUGAAAAUUAUAUUGGAGUUAUUUUCAUUUGGGGAACGUUUGUGAAUCAAUCAUAUCUUCCAGGCUCAUUCACAUAUGUCUAUGGUUUUGUACAACUAUUACUCUUCCAAUUCCCGAUGAUGACAGACAUAUCCUUCAUACUUGAUGGGAGGUUAAAUUACAAACAAACUAACUCAAGGAAAGGAAUAAUUGCAAUGGUUGGUCGGCUGUGGAAAAUGUUUCCUUUUGUAACAAUUGUGAUGAUACAGGUGUUUUUCACGUAUUGCUUCUGGUUAGAAUAUGGAAAUGCUUCUCUACUCUUUGGACCUCUUCGUUCUUGGUCGAUAAUCUAUUGUCUUUGGUUAUAUUACAAGGCAAGAACAGUUCCUGAAGAGGAAUUGAGGGAUGCUGCCAAAACCCUUUAUUCCAGUAAACCAUUCACUGUUACCAUAACGGCCUGUGAAGGAGGUGGAGAAAAUUCAACUUCAGAAGCUCUCAAAACUCAAUAAUUCAAUCAGGGAGUUUAAUGGAGCUCUUCAGCAAUCUGUAAGAAAGAAUCAAAUUAAAAUCUAUUUCUACCAAUUGAUGAUUGAUGUUUGUCUACAACUUCCAAUUCUACAAUCGUUCGAGGAUUAUAAUUAGAAACAAAGUUGUUGAUAAUAAUCAGUAAAGGUUGAGAAUAUUUUAAAAUCAUAUUGAUACUUUUAUGUGUGUAGUCAUUGAAAUCUAUUUUUUUAUUGUUGACUCAUGAAAUAUUUACAAAGUAAAAUUUAUUAUUUUUUUAAAUACGAACCAUUCCCCUUGUUUUUGAGUUUGAAUUCGUAUUUUUGCGAAUGAUUAUUGAUAAUUAUUUUACAGUACUGUGUUUUGUAGAAUAUCAUGGGGUAGAUAUUUCAAUGCUUUAUGAAUUUAUAGUUUCUUAUGUUCUAUUCUCUAUUAAUUAUUCAACUGAAAAAGAGAUGAUGCAUUUAAAUUUGUUGAUAUUUAGUAAUUCAGUAAUUAUUGUUACUUCGGAACUGUGAAGGAUAAUGUUCAACUAUUAUAAUGACAAGCUAUUUUUAUUAACUUAAUGUCUCACUUUGUGAUGAUUAUUCAAUGUUUUUAAACUCUGAUGACAGACAAUGUAUCUGAGGUUUUUCUCCUGGUUUUCAAUGCAGAAGAAUUUCUUUUUAUGUCUAUUUAUUUCAAAAGUACUUAUUAUAUAUCAAUAAUAAUGAUGAUUUCAUAGCUCAGCUUGAUUGUUUGAUACUUUAAUUUUAACUCCAUGAGAUACAUGGGAGCAUGUUCGUAUAAUUCUCAACUUGGAUAGAUCCUUUUCAUCCAAUGAUCAUUAGAAGAUUCACAUCAAAAGAUAAUACCCCAAAAUUGUCUCCAAGACUCAAAUUCUACGUCUUAACCCAUAGUUUUUAUGAAUGAUGGACCCAGUUUGAAAAUUCAUAUAUUUACUAAAGUAGUUAUCCAGAAUGAGCUCAAAAUAAUAUAAUCAGACGAGUUUUCAAUUUGAGGUGGAGACACACAUGGACAUUUUCAAAAACAAAAAAUUUCUCACUGUUCCCUCAAUUUAUAUUUAUGCAAAUCUCAUGUUUGGCUUUCAAAAACCUCAAUAGCUUGCACAAAAGGAAUGGAACUGUAAGAGAAACUAGAACUCAAAAUUUAUUAUUUUACCCAAUGCACAGAACAUCUAAAUUUGAAAAGGUAGCACUAUACAGAGCAAUUAAGUUUUUCAACCAUCUCCCAAACGAAACAAGAAUAAUAAAAUUCAAAAUCUAAAUUCAAGGAAAAAGUUUUGACCUAUUUGACACAUAAAGCAUUUUAUUCAGUCCGAGAGUUUUUAGAUGACCAUUGACAGCUUCUCUUCCUGAGAUCCAACCCAUUAAUACAAGGUACUUAAUUCAAUGUUAUUGGAUUCAACAAAUAGCCCUAUCUAAGCUGUUAAUUAACUUAUUCAAGGCCUCCAGUGUGUGUUUUAGUUCUAGUUCUAGAAUUUUUCUUUUAUUUGUGAUUAAUUUAUUAACUGUAAUUGAUUAUGUUGAUUCUAAUAUCUAUAUUGACAAAGCAGAAAUUCUCUACAUACUGUAAAUGUGAUUUAAAGAAUGUAAUUGCUAAUAAAUAAUUUGAAUUUGAAUGAACAAUCUUUAUGUCAUAGAAAGAGAAAAGUCCAAGUUUUUCCAAAAUUUUUGGUUUGUAUUAGACUAUACAGCCAAGAUUAGACUAUGCAGAUAGCCGGGUGGGCAAUCACCGGGCAUUGUUUUAGACUAGAACAGCCACUUUACUGAUGCCGGUGUGGUCACCAGGUUUGGCAGCCAAAAUGUGGCUACCUGUAUGGCUCCCCUUGUGCACAGUUGAGGAGUGAACGACCUCCCGGGAGGUUGCGCGUCCUGGUUCACUAGUGUUAUAGGGACACAAGGUAAUUAUCGUAAAACAAUUCGGAAUUUUCUCUUUCCAUUAGUAUACAGAUUGUUCGUUUUGGAUAAGUACUUAAUUAAAAUGAAUUCUUAAAUAUGGGUCCAUCAUUCAGAAUAACUCUAUACUUUAUUUAACUUUGAGAUUAACUGAAAGUAGUUGUAUUGUGAAUAACCUAAUAUUGGUUCAAGACAUCGUGCAAAAUAUUUUCCUACUUUUACUUCUCUUUAAUAUUGAUCAUUUUUUCGGUUAUCUCAUAAUGAAAUCACCAUUAAUUAUUACAAUAACUUUUUAAAGUAUCAUUACAGAAUGGGUUUAAUGGAUGUAAAGUAAACUGUUAUCCUAUGUUAUUUUUCAAUAAUUCCUUUAAUUGUGCAAAUAUUGCUCUCAAAUUCGCACAUUAUUUGGUCUGACAUAUUCACGUUUUUCAUUGAUUUCUCACAGUUGUUUCUCGAAUUCGUAUCACCGUCGUGUGUUUUAUUCUUGGUAGAUCAUUUGAUCAGUCAGUUUUGGUUGUGUAAGCCUGUGAUGUUUUGUUUUAAAUGGUGCCAUUUGAUGGUACAGUAUUGUGGUAAAGAAAUAUUAAAUUUUACAUUAAUUAUUAAAUUAAUAAUUACUAAUUAAAAUAAAUUUAGUUUAUGAUUGCUUCUUUAAAAAUUCAUUUCUCUUGUGCCCAACUGAAAUCCAAUCAUUUAUUAAUAAUUUCCAAUAGUUAAUUCUUGUUUGAUCGUGCUAAUUCAGUCGUUCAAUUCACAAAAACUUGACAGAACACGAUAUUAUCCAUUUGCAUUUAGUGUUGUAAUAAUGCACAAAACAAGAUAAUUGAAAGGUUUUUAGUAAAGAGUCUUGUCUUUUACCUUAGCUUAGACAACCCUCAAUGAAUGUAACUUGUAUUCCUUCAUCUAGUCGUAGGCAAAAGAGUAGAGUUGUAAAAUUAUUUUAAAUCUCAUAUUUGUGAUAUAUUUUUAGACAAUUUAUCCAAUAAAUAUAUGCUAUUACACGAA